AUGCCAAAAUUCUUCUGCGACUACUGCGAUGUCUACCUAACGCACGACUCCAUGUCGGUGCGCAAAGCCCACAACAGCGGCCGCAACCACCUGCGCAACGUGCAAGCAUAUUACGAGCAGAUCGGCCACGAGAAGGCCCAGUCCGUCAUCGACUCCAUCACGUCGUCGUACGCUGCCGAGGGCCAGGCCCACGCCAAUCCCAUGCUGCCCCAGAACCAGCCCGGCCUGCACGGGGGUCACGGCCUUCCACCCCCAGGUUUUCCCGCAGGCCUUCCGCCGCCGCCAUUUGCUGGUUUCCCCGGAGGUAUGCCGCCGCCGUUCCCGGGGAUGCCCGGCGCGCCUCCUCCGCCUGGUGCUGCUGGGUUCCCGCAGGUCAUACCGCCUCCCCCAGGUGGUCGUGGAAUGCCGCCUUUUCCGCCUCCAGGUCCCGGCCAUGCCAACCUCCCGCCGAUGCCGUUCCCAUUUCCACCUCCUGGAGCAGCUGGCGCGCCGCCUUUCCCCUUCCCAGGUAUGCCGCCUCCGGGUCAGUUCGCUGGUCCACCCGGCCAAGGCCCUCCUGGGAGAUAG